GAGUAUUAUUGCAAUGAGUGCAAACGCGUUUACGCUCGCACUGUCUUUUCUUUGCAUCGGAAAUACUGUCCUGGCCAAGCUCGGAGCCCCGGGAGGGCCACUCAAGAAGCACUACGACUUUCCGGACGUUUUUGAGGUGGUUUCGGAGUACAAAGAUGCGAUGUCGAUAUCCGAUUCGGACAAUGACACCAUUUUCGACUGCCUCUUGACCAACAGAACGGAAGUUGACUAUGAGGCACGAACAUUCAAGUAUGUUUGGACCAUUCAAGGGGUGGAUGGUUCGCCCAAGGAAGAAGUCCUUAUGACUGGGAUGCCUGGGCCUACAUCUGGAUUGGUCAGGUUUUUCGUGGAGGGCGAUCCGACCAUGAGGGACGCCCUAAUCUACUAUUCGGACAAAAGUUGCUCCAUCAUGGACGUUGAAUAUCACGGACACCAGUGCAUCCUCUGGGUGAAGCGUAAUCUGAAGGACACAGUACCACAGGUGUGCAUCGACAACUUCAUGGACAUUUGCGGUGUGGUCAUCAAGCCGGGAAGGAGAGACCUGUGCGAUGACGGCGAAGGAGACUACUAGUGUUUAGUGCAAGAAUUACGAAGAAGUGGAUGGGAAAGAGGCUGAUGAGGCUUGGACACGGAAACACUGAGGCCAUUCCUCGGCAAUGUUCCCAACUGCUAAUAAUUUGAUUAUCCUGCA